AUGGCCGACACCAAGGACAUCGCUUCUUCCUCCGCCAAUGCUUCCGAGAAAGCUCCGGCGGGUGGCCGUGUAGGCGCCUGGACCGACGCCGAGCGCCUUUUGCUUCGCGUUCUCGCAGUUCUGCUUCCUGAUGGCAAGGGAGUCGAUUGGAAGAACAUCAACAUGCCCAACCGUACCCUCAAAGCGAUCCAAGCCCAAUGGACUUCGAUCAUAGUCCAGAUGCGUGAGCUCGGCAUGGAAGGCGAGGGUAACACCGCCGCUCCCAAGGCCAAAACUCGUAAGUUACUAGUUCAUUCACGCUCAUUUGGCAUCCCAGUGCUAAUGAAUGUCUUCGAAGCUCGUAAGAAGGCGGCGCCGAAGCAAAAGACUGCUGCUGCCGGCGACGGACAAAACGCCAACGAGGAUACCGGCGACGAUCAGGAUGACGAGGAGACCAAGAAGAAAGCCACUCCCAAGAAGCGCGCCGCUGCCACCAAUGCUGACGGCACUCCCAAAAAGCGUCGUACUCCUGCCAAGAAGUCGGCCCCCAAGGUCGAGAACGAUGCCGAGUCUGAUAAUGAGGCUGCCGUUCCGAAGAAGGAGGAGGAGAACGGUGAUGAUGAUUUGGCCGGAGCCGUCUAA